ACAGCUGUUUCAUGUCAGUAUUUCUGAGAGAUAUCAACUGUGAUGUGCGGUUUCUGCUAAAAAUAGAUUUUGCGGCAUCGGUGCUAAAUUUAUCGUGAAGUUUUCUCGAAAAUAGCUUGUGGACUAUUGAGACAACAUAACAGUCGUUGGUGCGUGAGAUUUUCAGCUCACAUAUGAACAUGCAAACUAAUUGCUAAUGAUCGAAUGUCAAUGUGGCGCCUAGGGAACAUGGAGAUUUUGGACGCGUGAUUAGUUGGAAACUGAACGAGAAUCUAAUUGAAAAUUAAUAUUUUCAGUUCCCCAGGAUAAAUGCAAACGAGAGCUCUCAAAAAUAAUCAUCGAAACAAACAGCACAUCAUACGAGGCGGAACGCUUUGCUUUCAUAUGGGAUUAAACGCAGAAGCAUACGCAAUUCAGAUUUAGUUAGGCUUUCUCGAGAUUUCCGGAAUGUCUCCAUCAUUGAAAAGGGGCUCGUGUAUUUUAUCUGAAUCGCCAUUUGUCCAUGUUUUAAAGUCGAAAUUCAGAGGAGAACGGUGUGAUCAUUGCUUACAACUGAACAAAGUGCGUAAGUGUUCAAGCUGCAAAUAUGUGGCGUAUUGCAAUCAGGACUGCCAGAGUAGUGCAUGGGAAGUGCAUAAGACGGAAUGUGCUUACCUGAAAAAGGUAUAUCCAAAAAUUGUCCCGGAUGCGGCUCGUGUUUUGUUACGGAUUGUUUUGAAAUUAAGAAAUGGUGGUGAUCGUAUCAGAGGUUACUACACGGAAAAGUGCUAUCGGAAAUAUAUGGAUCUGAUGUCACAUUACAAUGAAAUAAAAUGUGACCCAAAACGCCUCGAACAUCUAGAGUCUCUAAGAGCCGUUUUAACAGACCUCCUUGGAAACUUGCUCGUCCCGAAUGAAGCAGAAUUAUUAAGCAUGUAUGGCAGACUUAUCACGAAUGGAUUCAAUAUUUUAGACCCUGAAAUGAAUGCUAUUGGAACUGGAAUUUACCUAGGAGUUUCUGUAGUGGAUCACAGCUGCAAACCUAACGCGGUAGCAACAUUUGAAGGGACAACAUUAAGUAUCCGUUUAAUCGAAGAUAUUCCCAGUUUGGAUUGGUCAAAGAUAUUUAUUAGUUAUAUUGACUUGUUGAGCACCAGUACCGAGAGGAGAAAUGAUCUUAAAGCAAAUUAUUAUUUCUUGUGUUGCUGUUCGCAAUGUGUUGAUAAACAGAAAGAUAUGGAAAUGAAUGCUGCAUCCUGUGUGAAUGAGCGUUGUGAUGCGCUUGUGGAUAUUGAAAGUGAUAGGUGCGAAAAAUGUAAUUCUUAUAUAACAAUGGAACAUCGUGAAAAGUUCAAGGAAAUUAUGGAUUUGACGAAAAAUCAUUUACAAAAUAUGGAAGAUAUAGCGUAUCUGGACGUAUGUGAAAUUUGCCUGAAUAAACAAGAAUCACUUUUGCAUCCGCUCAACGUGUGGCACGUGAAAACGUUGGAUGCAGCAUUUGAAGCUGCGAUUAAAGUGCAAAAAUGGACAACUGCCUUAGAAUAUGGACUAAGAUUGAUCCCUGGUUUCAGAAAAUAUUGCGGCGAUUGGAAUCCACUUCUCGGGCUACUAUACCUGAAAUGCGGAAAACUAUUGUUAUAUGAGAAUCGGUUACAGGAAGCAUUUGGAAACUUGAUAGAAGCUGAAAAAAUCAUAGCAGUUACCCAUGGAAAGAAUCAUAGUUUGUACAACGAGCAACUAGUCCCGUUACUAAUGCAAGCUCGUGAAGGUUAACACAUUUUUGAAUUAUGUGGACUAGUGAAUAAAUUGAAAGUUACGUUCCAGAAACUAAAUUUGUUGU